AUGGCGCUGCUGCGGGCCCGCGCGCUGUACGACUUCAAGUCGGAGAACCCGGGCGAGAUCUCCCUGCGGGAGCACGAGGUGCUGAGCCUGUGCAGCGACCAGGAGAUCGAGGGCUGGUUCGAGGGGGUCAACAGCCGCGGAGACCGGGGCCUCUUCCCGGCCUCCUACGUGCAGGUCAUCCGAGCGCCCGUGGCCGAGCCCCCCGCGCCUCUGCCCGUGCCGGCCCCGGCCCGCUACGCCAAUGUCCCCGGCGGAGGCUUCGAGCCCCUGGCGGCGGUGGUGGCGGCGACGUCGCCCGCCACAGCCUUCAGCAACCCUCCGCCGGCCCAGCAGCAGCACCACCAUCACCACCACCAGCAGCAACACCAGCAGCUCCCUCCGCCGGCAGAGCCCUUCCAGCUGCUGCCUCCUCCACCGGCCACGUCGGGCUUCUCUUCCUUCCAAGCGGUGCCUCCCUCCUACGGAGGGUCCUCCUAUCAGACCAGCCAAGGCAGCGACGACGACUGGGACGAUGACUGGGACGACAGCUCAACGGUGGCGGACGAGCCGGGCGUCCUGGGCAGCUCGUACCCGGACUACGAAAACGCGGGCAUGGGGGUCGGAGGCCCCGGUGGCUCCUCUGGCAGGUACCGCCUCUCCACCCGCUCCGACCUGUCGCUGAGCUCCCGGGGCAGCCAGCCCGGUGCUCACCUGCACCACCCAGCCGCCGGCGGCGCCAAGAGCUCAGCCACGGUGAGCCGCAACUUGAACCGCUUCUCCACUUUUGUGAAAUCCGGCGGCGAGGCCUUCGUGCUUGGAGAGGCAUCUGGUUUCGUGAAGGAUGGUGACAAGCUGUGUGUGGUGCUGGGCACCUACGGGCCCGAGUGGCAGGAGAACCCAUACCCUUUCCAGUGCUCCAUCGAAGACCCCACCAAGCAGACCAAAUUCAAGGGCAUGAAGAGCUACAUCGCCUACAAGCUGGUGCCGAGCCACACUGGGCAGCAGGUGCACCGGCGCUACAAGCACUUUGACUGGCUCUACGGGCGCCUGGUGGAGAAGUUUCCGGUCAUCUCGGUGCCGCAUCUGCCGGAGAAGCAGGCCACGGGGCGCUUUGAGGAGGACUUCAUCUCCAAACGCCGCAAAGGCCUGGCCUGGUGGAUGGACCAUAUGUGUAGCCAUCCGGUGCUUGCGCAGUGUGAUGCCUUCCAGCAUUUCCUCACCUGCCCGAGCACCGAUGAGAAGGCCUGGAAGCAGGGCAAGCGGAAGGCUGAGAAGGACGAGAUGGUGGGCGCUAACUUCUUCCUCACAAUUAGCGUGCCUGCUGGUGGUCCUGCUGCUCUGGACCUGCAGGAGGUGGAAAGUAAAGUCGAUGGCUUCAAGAGCUUCACCAAGAAGAUGGAUGACAGCACCAUUCAGCUGAACCAGACAGUCAAUGAGUUUGCUCGCAAGCAGGUUACUGGCUUCAAGAAGGAGUACCAGAAAGUGGGGCAUUCCUUCAAGGGCCUCAGCCAAGCCUUUGAGAUGGACCAGCAGGCUUUUUCAGUUGGCCUCAAUCAGGCCAUUGCCUUCACUGGGGAAGCUUAUGAUGCUAUUGGUGAACUCUUUGCGGAGCAACCCAGACAGGACCUCGAUCCUGUGAUGGAUUUGUUAGCUCUGUAUCAAGGACAUCUGGCCAAUUUCCCAGACAUAAUCCAUGUCCAGAAAGGUAAUGUAGUUUUAACUAUAUCAGCUUACCUCUAUCACCCAAUUAAAUUUGUAUAAUAGAAGUUAGACUUCUGAGUUAUUGUAGUAAAAUGUUCCAGAGGAGUAUAGUAUCUGUGUUUGUUGCAUCAAAACUAAACAGUCCUGUAGCACCUCAAAGACGAAUAAUGAAUGGCCACUAUGCUAAUCUUGUACAGUAUACACUUGACUUAAGUUCUGCCACCAGGAUUACAUUGCCUUUUGCCCCCCAAUGUUUGCCUUUUUCUCCCCUUUGUACCAAUAUGCAUAUAUAAUGGACCAAGUUAUUGAAGAUAACCUCAUGUCAAAUUUGGUUCUAGAUUUGAUUUUAGGCCACAGUCCUUUGCACACCUACUGGGCAUAAACUUCACUGGUUGCAGUACUUCUGAGUAAGCAUUAUAGGAUUGGGCUAUAAAGUUAUUAAAGACUAUGGCAGCAUAAAAUUGUUAGUCUUUAAGGUGGCACAAUAUGCUUAUUUUUGGUAAAACACUGGAGACAAUUCUGCCUCAGAAGUUAGCCUCUUCUGAUAGGAUUUAUGGACUCAAGUUAUUAAGGAAGUGCUGAAUUUAAGGAUGCUUGUUUUGAACCCUUAAUGGUAUGUUAUUACCCUACCCUGCUCCCCCAAGCAGGAAACUAUACUUGCCUAUCAUACUCAGGAUUUGUGUUUGUUUGUAAAACAGGAGUGUAGUGAAGUACUGAGCAGUAUUUUAAAAGAGUAUACUUGUUUAAUUGUGUCAGAGAGACCAUUGCUUACUGUGUACCUUGUGAGUAGCUUCAGGGUUUUUUAACAAGGCGAAGUCAGCCACAGAACACUUUAAUUAAUUUCAAGCCACAUAUGAGUUGUUUGGAUCAUUAAUUAAACGAACAUUAAUGUAUCACAAAGGAGCUUUUUAGAAAAACAAAUACACUCUCUGCUCUGUCUGGAUUUAAGGUUCACAUUAGGGAUGGGGAGCCUGUGACCUUCCAAACAUUGCCCAACUGCAACUUGUACCACUCCUAACCAUUGGCCCUGCUGAGUACAGCUGAUGCGAACUGGGAGUUGAACAACAAGCUGCAGGGCUGCAGGUUCUCAGUCCCUGUAAGAUUUGGAUGCUUGGGCUUUGUUCCCAUAACCACUUUGUAAGAUUUGGUCAUAGAUGUACAGCUAUCUAGUACAUAAGUAGUUAACAUUUCCAGGGUGGAUUUUCUUCAAAGGCAUGUAGGAUUCUCUUUGUUUCCUUGCACCUGGUUUUCUACUGUUCUAAUGUUUCUCUAUUUUAGAUUUUAGGCCAGUUUACAUAAAUGAAACCUAAUACAAUACAAUCUAAUACAAUUCAGAGCUAUGUGAUGAGGUUUGACUUCCUCUGUACAGAUACAGCUGUGAAGUUAGUACCCAUUCUUGACAGUGUGUUCAUCACCUUGGUGUCUAAUUUCUCUGUGCAGCUCUAAUCAGUUAAUGUGUUCCACAUAUCAAGGGCCAAGGAUAAAAAUGUCAACCUUUGUGGUUAUCACUCCAGUCAGGACUAUUUUCAUCCAGAUAGAAAAACUUAAUAUAACAAAACACAGUGAAAAGAGAGGUGGGAAUUUUCACAUGACAUUCAAAUCUGUUGAGGUAGGUCUUCCAGGAAUAUACAAUUAUUCUUGAAAUCAACUGUAACUUGAGUAUUACAUGCUAGGAGCCUAUAAAUACAUUGCUAAUAAACCUUUUCGGCAUUUGAUGUUAGUGUAUUGAUAAAUGCUCUCAUGGUUGCAUUUGUAUAUUAAUGCCAAAUACAUUGUAAUCAAUGCUGUUGACCUUAAUAGAGGUUGACUUUUUUUGUCAAUGGAUUAUAGUAUGAGGUUUUCCAAUUGUGUACAUGAUGGAUGAUAAAUUGUGACUUCUAAAAGAUAAUGACACUCUGAGAAUACUAUUAACCUACGUUUCACAUUUGAACACUAAUUUCUCACAGUAGUUGCAGCAAAAUGCAAGUUGGACCAUUAACAUGCAAGUGCUUCAUGAUUCCUAAUGAUUCUUAAUCUUUAUAUAGACAACUUUUCAAAAAUUGCCAUUUGAAGGAAUACCUGCUUCCAUCAGGUUAUAGGCUAUGUAUUGCAUUACAGUGCCAUUCUUCAAACUCAUUUGAAAUGCUGUCUGCACCUUCAGGGACAAUGUGAUUGGUGUGUGCCUUUACAUUCGUGCUACAAGAAAGGACUUGGUGGAUGCUAUUCAUUCACACUAUCAUCAUAAUUCAGAAAACAUUUAAAAUAUGAAAACAUACUAACAUUUUCACUGUCAUUUAAGUGCUUUUGCUUGGGGCGGUAUUUGUAGCUGGAUUAUUGAUUUAAAUGCAAGUUAUUUUACAUGGAUAGGGCUGAGGGUUUGUCUUAUGAAGGAAAAAGCAAUAAUGGAUACCUGCCAGCUCUUGAAAAGAUUGGCUUGUAAGUCAGCCCAUUUGAGUAGAAUUAAUGUGUGCCAUGGAUUCGUGUUGGCAGACACUAAGUCAGUUAAAAAUGGAAGUAGUUGUAGUGCAGAUAUUAUCAAGCUGUUACUUGGCCACCUUACAUGUAUUACUUGUGUGCCUGCCUAAAUACUGUAAAUCAGCCUAGAUGUAAACCCACUGCAGAGUUUUCUGCUGACAUUAUCUCAAGAUGCAGUACCUUAUGCCAGCAUAACUUGUGCCCCUUCAAACUAAGCACAACCUACUGGCCAUGUUUAGUGACCUGCCAGGUGUUUGACAAGGCCCUGCUUGAUUCCCAACCAACAGGAGGUUAACUGAGAUCUUGCUAGGCUAGUAUACAUGACUGGCGACCUACAUUUGGCUUGCUGAGUCACAGAUGAUGCAUGUCUGACCCACUUCCUCAAUAAUUUGUCCGCAUUUCACAGUGUUUCACUCAAAUCCUUACAUAGCAUGCUACAGCUUAAACAAUUUCUCAAAAAUAUUUGUUUCAUUUGCUAAGUAUAUAAGCCAUAUGCUGUUUAUCAAAAUGGAGUGUAUAUAGUGGAUAAUGCUCUGGAGUUGGAGAUGAGAGGCUGAGAGUCUCUGCUCAGAUUUGAGUUUACUUAUUGACUUUGAGUAACUCCCAUUAUCUCUCUGCCUUGCAGGGUUGUUGUGAGGAUAAAAUGGAUUAAACCUGUAUACACUGCCCUGUGCCCUUCUAAAAGAAGGGUAGUGUGUAAAUAUAAAAUAAAUACAACCUGUAAUAAAAUCAGUAGAGCCUUUCAUGACCACAUAAUUACUAUUAUUAGCAAUAGUACUUAUGUUGGGCAGAACUCAGUAAGCUCCUUGGUAUUCCUGGGAGCAGUGAAACAAGUAGGAAGAUGGCUAGAGUGCAAAUGGUAGAAGACUUGAAGUGAAUCUACAGUGUUAGAGCUCAUUAUUAAGUCUACUCGGUGUCUGUGAUGACAGCAAAGAAGCUGUUAUUUUCUAACAUUGUUAUAUAUCCUCACAUUACUGUCCGUUGGAGUUUUUUGGGAUGGUGUGGGGCAUUCUGCCCAUCUGACGAUACUAAACUCUUGGAGGUCCACUGUGAUGGGUUUGCAAAUUUAGCACAACCUGAAAAAACAAAUCAAGGAUAAAAUUGCUGGCAUCUAUCAUGGCUAGGACAUCACAAUUGAAUUGAGUCAGUCACCACAUAGGGGAGCAGUGUUCACCCUGUGCUAUAUGUGGUCCCAUGUCUCCUGCAAGGACAGUUUUGUCACUUACAGGUGCUGCUUGAUCCAGAUUUGUCAUUAGAAGUGCAAGUUGCUUUUAAGUUUUACCAACUUAGACUGGUAUGCCAGCUGCAACCCUCUUUGUCCAGAGAUAGCCUGGCCUCAGUUACCCAUGCUCUAGUGACCUCCAAGUUGCACUACUCUAAUGCACUACUCAUAGGUGGAGCUGCCUUUGAAGACAAUACAGAACCUGCACUUAGUACAGGCAACUGGGGUAGAGUUCCUGGCCCUUGCGCAUGUCUGCAGAGCAUGUAUAACCCCCCCCCCCGUUAUGUCCCACUCCCGUUAUGCCAUUUUCCAAGUCCAAAAUGACCCACUCAUCAGCGGUCGCGUGCCAAUUGAACACGUGCAAAAUGGUUGCUGCCUGUACAAAAGUGGCUGGUAGCUCACUAACGGUUUGGGCAUUAUGAGCAUUUUAGGCCAGCUAUACUCCAGUCUAUUUCUAGUGCAAUUCAAAGUACUGUACAAGUUUUGACCUGUGAAACCUUUUACACUUAGGAGCAGGGUUGAAGGAUCACCCUUCUCCAUAUGCAUCUGUCCAUGGUUUAGGGGAUAUGACAGCUAGACCGUUUUUUGUGCAAGUUGUGAGGGUUAAAGGAAAUGACACCAAGUGUCCAGGAGCUUCAUUUACAACCCUCACUUAUGUCUGCAAUAGAUGUGACUGGUCACAGGGUGUAUCAGUAUAGCUAGUUAAGCAAGUAAAAAGCUUUAAAUGAAUUUUUAAAUGCCAGCUGUGGUGUGGGUGAAAGUGCUUAUGUGGUUGCUGAAAAUGGAGUAUGGUAAUAAUUUAUUUUACGUUAGCAUAUUUCAUCAAAUCAUUGAUAAAAUUUUGUAUAGACUUGAGAAGCAAGCCAUGCUUGCUCACAUACACUACAGCACAAUAGGAGGCAAUCUUAAAGGUUAAUAGAUAAUGUGCUACUUUUUCUUCCAGUUAUCCUGGUAGCCCAUUCUUAUAGAUACAAACUCCAUUAAAGACUAAAGUUGAUUUAAAGCCCAUGCUUAGCACUGUAAUGUAGUUUAGACCAAUGAAACAUUCUCUCAGGGUUUUAGCUUGCCAAAAGUGAUGCAUUGCCUGUGUGAAAAUAUUUCUGAGAACUUCCUUUUCAUUCCACUCCCCACCCCACCCCUGCAAUGUUAUUAAUGGAAGUAAGCAGCCUUCCUUAUACCCACACAGCAAGGAUGAAUUCCCAUCCGCAGUGCCACAUGUGUGGACCCUCCUACUCUUCUCUUUACCAACUAGGGGAGGGUGGGGAGUGGAAGAUGGAUCUCUCAUCUAUUUAGUAGCAGGCAGAAGGCACACAAAUAUGGCUCUCAUUGAUUUUGUGCCAUAGCUCCUGUUCUCUGACAUAAGCACAGGGGUCAUUGACAAGCAUAUAUCAUGGCUGGCUAGAAAGCUAAACUAAAAUUUACAAACUUUUGAGAAUGAUGCAUUGGUCCUUUUGUGUGUAGUGAAAAAGCUGAAAAAAAUACUGUUCUAACAUUUCACAAGAAAGUAUCCAUUAACAUUUGAUGUAUUGGAGUGAAACACUUUCCCAAAGUCUGGUAAGCUUCUCAACUGCACAAUACUAUGCAUGUGUACUCAGAAGUAAGUUAAGUGAAGUUACUCUCAUGGUAAAUACUGGAUUGUCACCUAAGUUACUCAUAAUGAACCGCCCUGAGACCCCCAGGUGUAGGGAGGUAUAUAAAUUCAAUAAAUAAUAAUAAUAAUAAAUUAUUUAUUUAGAGCAUUUAUGCCUCGCUCUUGAGCCAAAAAGGCUUCCAGAGCAGCUCACAUAUGGUCAGUUAAAGCAGACAUGAACUCCUGAAAUGUUCAUUUUUGUGAGUUUUUAUUAUGUACCAAAAUAAUUUGCAUUGAGGGAAAUUGUUAGAUUUUUCACCUUGUAAGUCAAUUGCAGUAGUUUGAACAUUGAAAAACAUGGAAAUCUAAACAUGAUGAGUACCUUGAUAAUGAUUUCAAUCAAUUUGCACUAAGCACUUCUAACUUCGACUGGUGUUUGGUUUCAAACUGGCUCUCUAGGGAUUUAGGCAGAAAUUUUUCCCAGCUCUGCUUUGCCAACUAGAGAGGCUGUAAAUUCAGUUUGCACCACCACACAUGGAAAGCAUAAAAGCACAAAAGGAUUAACAGGUUGCCCAUCACAAUCCACUGGGGUGAAACAAGCUGCAAGUCCAGUUGAAUAAGUACAUUUCUGCUACUGGGCCUACGAAAGCCUUGUGUGUCAAUUUUGAAAUAGCUGAAGUUCCUAAUGAUUGUUUCCCACAGGCAUUGUUUCUUUCUACGUAACUACGAGUCAGGUUCCUUAAGCAUUUGUACCUGUUCUUGCCUGGAGUGUAGUUUUGUAAGUAGUGGACUAGGAUGUGUGAUGGUAUUGCAGAGAAGGAAAGGGGUUUCUUCAUAAGUGGUAACAUGAAAGUGUUUCCUUAUUUCAGCCAGAAACCACCACCUACAACUUUAUUGGGAAAUACAUUUACAAUUCCUAGUGCAUGUCUGUUUAAAAAAACAACAACCUGUCAGCCAAAUUCUUAACUGUCUGUUACUAAAGCUGGAACAUAUGUUGAAGCAACUGAUAAUUUAAAAAGUUCAACCAGUGUGACAUUUUGCCAGAGUUGAAAGAUAAUGAAUUUCAUGGAUCAGGUUUCAGCACAAAAGUGGAAACCUCUGAUCUGAAUUUUCAUCCACAGAACCUGACUGCAAACUCGAGUUUUGUUUGAUGCAAGGCUGUUGUUCUACAUCUGCCUUCAGAUUUAUGCAGAUAAUGUGUCCCACACUAAUUUCAAUCAUCAGGAGGCAAAACAAACUACAAAAGCACUUAUACUGAAUGGCUUUCUUUAAGGAGCAAGUAAUCUGGCCCCUACUUUGUAACAUCAAAGACCAUUAUUUUCUUUGCAGCCUGAAAGCUCAGAUUGGUGGCCAGUAUCUAGAGGAGUGAGCACACACAGAAACUGAUGUCAUAACUGCACUGUAAAAGCUCAGAAAGCAGUUGGGGAUUGCACAAGAGCAGUUUAAAAGGGAUCUUGGGGCAAGGGUGGGGAUACUGUAUACAGGCACACCAGUGACAAUGCCCUUUGGGGGAUUUGGUACUGGGGGAGGUAAAGAAAAACUCCCACUGGUGUGUGUACACUAUUGGUCAAAUUACCGGUAUUCUCAAACCAGACUACAUUCUUUAAUAAAUACAGAAUAUGCACACUGAUCUUUGAACUCUCAUGGGUUUUAAGGAGUACUUUCUGAAUUCUGUGAUGAAAGGGUUUUGAAGUAGAAGUGCUACAAUAAAAGCAACUUGGUGGAUACCCCAAAUAGCUGCACCCUCCACUGAUUUUAGCUUUCCAUUCUCAAGCUUGUACAUUUAAAAACUUGCAUUGACAGGAUAAAAAAUUUAGGAUGGUGUUUGUUCCAAAAGUUAAAAUAGAAACACAGGGGUUUUUUAACUAGCUCCCUUACACUGCUGCAUAUGCCCAUGGCAUUCUAAACUGUCCACUAUAGUAAUAUUUGCAAUGUGUCACACUCUGAGUUUUUUAUAUUUUAAAAUUUGCUGAAUAAGAAAGAAGGGUAUUUGUGUUUUAAAGGGGGAAAAUAAAAAUCUCUAAGAAAAAAUAACAUUGUAGCAAAUAGAGGUUGAUAACUAUUCUGUGACUUUUCACUUCCAUUUCAACUUCUAUGAAUGAGUGACUCUAAAAAUGCUGUAAAGUUAGGAUGAUAAAGUACAUUGUAUGAGUAGAUUCAGCAUGACUUAACCCUCCUCUCUUUCCUUCCCAGCUGCUCCCAUCCCCACCUAUAUCCCUUCUACAGGGUCCCCCAAACCUAGAUCACAUAGUGGGUGGGGAAGGGGAACUCCUGUUGUGCAAGCAAAUCUGCUUCGCAAGUGGUCCGGCACAGUUGGGUGUCACCCAUUGUCAUUAAUGAUAUCCUUUUGAAACUUCCCAAUUCCCAUUCCUUUUAAUAAAAAAAAAGGAAGGAUGGAUGGAUGGAUGGAUGGAUGGAAGGAAGGAAGGAAAAAGCUAAUGUUGAGUUGCAACUUCAUUUUUAUAAGCCUACUUGUUUUGAGUUAAGGUAACCAUCUUGCUACAAAACCUGUAUGAGUCAUAGUGUUCUGUAAGUUGGCAUGGAUAGUCUCAGUAAACACAAUAGGACUGUUGCUCUUUAUGAUUCAGCUGGCUGGGAUACUGCAGAAGCACCAGAAUUUUCUAUUCAAUAAUACUAAGUGCAGCAUCUGAAUUGUUGUGAGGGUGAAUGGGCAUUCCCCAGCCUGGUGCCUUCUAGAUGUUGUUGGAUUCUAACCUCCAUCAGCACCAGCUGGAAUGUCAAAUUGUCACAGAUGACAAAAGUUGUACUCCUAAGAACUAGAGGGGACCAGGUUGGGGAAGGCUGUGGUAGACCAUUAGAGACUGUCACUUUUAGCAUAUUUUUUUCACAGUGUAGUGGCUAACUGGAAGUGUGAUUUCAAAGUGAUUUGGUCUUUGAUCUUAACCCCUUUAAUGUUAAGUAAAUGAAAAUUUGACUUCACAGCUUUGAUUCCAUUUCCAAUUGUGUUAACUGUAUUUCUGCAUUAAGUAAAGUGUGUGAUUUGUAUAGCAGUAUUCAAUGUUUUUAAUCUAGAACCAUAAAUGUUCUUCCUUUGGUUUAAAUGAAUGUUUAAAGAUUCUAAAUGAAGGUGGCUAAUUUUGCCUGCUUUGACCUAGGAUUUUAAAGUUUGUCAUAUAAAAUUGCUGCACAGCAGGGAAGAGGAACCUGUGGCUUUCCAGAUGUUGCUGGAUUACAGCUCCCAUCAUCCUUGAUCCUUAGCCAUGCCUACUAGGGCAAACGGCAGAUGAAAUCCAACAUUUGGAGGGGCACAGGUUGCCUAACACUGUUUGGUCCAAAUCAUAACCUGUUGUAUCUAGCCUAUUCCACUAUAUAGAUUAGAGAUUCUUACUAGUGGGGGUUCUCCAUCAAAUAAUUGUUGUUUUAAAAUUUUUAAUAAGUAAGUAUUCAUAACUUGAGGUAAGAUUAGUACAUAUCUUCAGCUGGUGUGCCUACACAUGCACCUGCAUUUUGCUUAUACAUAGUUUGAUUUAGAAUUCAGGAAGAGAAGCUCUUUACUAUAUAUUUUUUAACAUUCAGUGACUUCCAUGCCUGAUGGAGAACAAACAGAAUUGCACAGAGUCCUCUUCAAAUUGUUCCUUGAGGCAGGUGUCCUACUCUGUAAUCCAUUAAGAGUCUUGCAGCUUGUGAUUUGCAUCUAGUGAUGUUAAAAUCAGAUUUAUGAAACAGAUCAUUUUGGGGCCAGAACAUAUACUUGUUUCUACUCUUGACUGCCAUAAGAAAGUUUUUGCUGGGAUUGGUAGAGAGUUUAUAGUACACAGAAGUAGUACUCUCCAGCCUGUAAGUGCUGGUAACCAGGUUAUGUCACCUCAACCAGCCUACAGGAAAUAUACUAACAUUCUUGAUUUAUGUAUUUUUAAAAUGUAGCAAUUUUAUUUGCAAGUUCAAAAGCUUAUUUAAUGAUUCUGUUAGUUCCUCCUUCAGAUCCACUGUCAGUUGGCAUGGCACUGCUACAGUAUAUUUAUUAGGACUUUUGUUUUUAUGUUUCUAAUGAAAAGCCAGCCAAAACAUUUUUAGUUCCUACAGCAAUACAGCCAAGCCUUAUCCAGGUCUGAAAACUAUUAGAAGUAUUAUUUACAGGAUCAAGUAAGCCAGAAAACAAGAAAAGAUGUUAGUUUUUAUUUAUUUAAAAAGAGAACUGCUGUUAAGAAUAAUACAUCUUGAAAUACUUAAAACAGAACACUGCUUGCAACAGCCAAGGGGAAACGGGAAUGUCAUGAGGCCAAGAGAAGGCAUUUUUAGCCAAUUGCAUCAUUUCUUCUUGUGCAUGUAGAAGCUUCAUUGUAGCCUUUGCUGCUCUACUAUGAUCAUAUAGCUGAGUCUUGGCUGUGUAUACAUCAUGUAGCCUCACUUUUUGCAAGCAGGUGGUCCACGAUCCAUGAUGGAAUGCUAUUGCAGGCUUAAGUUAGUUGGUAGAGUUCUGAUAAAAUCCUCAUCGUUUCAGUUGGUAAGUUUUAUUCAUUUUGUGUGCCAGUGCAGGGUACGUAUGGCCAUAAGCUUGCAUUGUUUAUCCUAGCUGAAGUAUUCUCUCAUUACUUGUACAUAUUGUGCAUAAACAAUUGGAAAGGCAUGUCUACUACUUAAAAUGAAAAAGGUUCAAAACAAACAAGGCUUACUCUUUGUCUGACAACAACCAGAUGUUGUAUGUACGUCAAACUUAGCCUAAAUCUGUUUUACUAGUUAAACAAACAUUUUUAUUCAGGGAGAUGGCUCACCUUUUGUGUUAAUCGGAUUUUGAAGUUCUGGUCCACAAUUGUUUUGAAAAUGUGCAACUAAAGCAGUCAAGUGACUUGAAAUUAUACAUCUCUCAGUAAUGUCUCGCUAAAGAUCCUGUGAGUUCUCUGUGACUCAGUGUGACUCAGAAGUGGUAAUGGAAAAUAUGCAAGUGAUAUCUAACCCAUUCAUCCAUUGUCUGUUUGCUUUUUUUGAAUAUACCUUACAGAUUUAGGACUCUUCUUUGUUUGCCAGACCUAGCUAGUUCAUUAUUUCAUUUGUUCAUUCAUUCAUUUGUUAUAUUUAUGUUUUGGUCCUAUCAUUCCAGUAAGGCAGUAGUUUUCAGACUGUUCUGGUACCUCAGGACCCUGGGGUUCCUUCCAAGUUUAGGCUUCUCAGUGCGAAAAUCAAUAAUGGCAAAGUUCCCUGGAAAGCAACUUUCCACCAUAAUUGUUUUCCCCCUUUUAUGUAUACCCCUAGGGGAGUAUUGAGUGUGUUUCCAAAUGCACUCUUGAGAAUUGUCAAUGUACUUUGAACUCGCUGUGCAUAGGAGAACAUGCUCUAGAAUCCCUUGCAAUUUGGAAGAGUUCUUCAGCAGAUAAAUUGGUGCGGAAAGGAUUCUAAAAGCUUUAAAAUAAGUGCUCUAAAACUGGAUUUGGCGUGCAUGUGGUUCUCACAUGUUUUCAGGAAGUGGCUUAGGCCAAUCUGGUGGCAGCUGCAUCCUUUUUGAACCAAGCUGGCCAAAUCACCCUUGUAUAGAGCUGCCAGUUAAAAUCCUACUGUAGCUACUUACUUUACAAAAAGAAAACAAAAGUUUUAGCAUGGGACUUACUUGACCACAGAGGUAGAUAGUUGCUUAAGGGUCCCCAUUUCAAGGGGUAUUUGCCACAAUGGUCUCUCCCCCUGACCUCAGCAUAUCUGAUGCUGUCAGCAUUCUCCACAAUUCUCUGUGAGGAUAUACAACCUUCUGGGACACUGUUGAUAUGAGGUUGCCUGUGUCUUUUCCCACCCAAGGUGUUGAAAAGAAAACUUGAGCCACACCUGGGCAGAACAUUGUGAAGUGUACACCAUUUGGAAAUGUACAAAUUCCGUUGCAACAAACAAAAAUAUGUUUGCAAUGUAUUGAACAUUUAACCUCUUUUAUGCCUUUUUUAUCUGAAAGUUUUACAAGAGGGUUGUAUGUAAGUUAUGGGGACAAUUCUAAAGUCUGUUUUUGCCUUUUUAUUACUUAGAUUGCUGUGAAAUUACAACUGGAAUCUAGAAGUUUGUAGAAUUGGAUCUGUCUUAUUUAGUUGAGCAGUGGCUAUAAAUUCAGGCUUGUUGGGCUGAAAGUCUUACAGAAACACAGAAUUGUGGGAAUAGUAGUCUCACUUCCUUGCUCACUUUCUGUGGCCACACUGAGCACUCCAGAAUUCACAUAUCUUCAUUAAACUUGUUUAUAAUAUUACUUUUCAUGAAAUGAACAGAGCUGAAUUAACAAUCAGGAGCUCUUCUUCACCUUUCACUUCUGGUUUACCCCUGAAUGUGAAAAUGUAAUAUAUAUGUUAAAGGUGUUACCUUAGGAUAAUGUCAUCAACUAUUAACCUGCAAUCAUGCAGAAGAAAAGCUAUGAUCACCCUUGAGUUCAGUCAUCUCUUGUAUUUUGCAGCAAAGUGAUGUAAGUAUGGUACAUAGUACUGGUGAUCUGAAAUGCAUAUUCUAGGUGGAGUUUGCUUACAGCAAACAAUUGUAAGCUGACUUGUAGGGUGAGGUAAAUAUUUCAGCCCAAGGCAGCUUACAAUUGAUCUUUUAAAAAAAGGAUUUCAAAACCGUGUCUAGGUAUGGUAAGCACUUUGGUGCUACGUUCAGAAUGCACACUGGAUAUACUAUGAUGUAUUGCAGAGAGAAUCUCUUAAUCAAAGGUUUUAUUAUGUCCUAGAAUAUAGGAAUAAUUUCAGAAUUUUUUAGACUGUGAACAGCAAGCGUAAUUAGCAGUAUAGCUUUUAAUUAGACUUGUUCCAGUCAUCUUUUAAUUCCAGUAUAUCUUUUUUGUUCAUUAUGCAGGAGCCCUUACCAAAGUGAAGGAAAGUAAGCGGCAUGUAGAAGAAGGGAAGAUGGAGGUUCAGAAAGCCGAUGGCAUUCAGGAUCGUUGUAACAUUAUUUCUUUUGCCACCCUGGCAGAAAUUCACCAUUUUCACAAAAUUCGAGUGAGAGACUUCAAAUCACAAAUGCAGCAUUUCUUACAACAGCAAAUACUUUUUUUCCAAAAAGUGACACAGAAGUUAGAAGAAGCUCUUCACAAGUAUGACAGUGUUUAA